AUGAUCACUACAAAUGCCGUACUACGCAAGGUCAGCAGUCACACUGAUCAAAUGAAUAUGAUCAGUAACAACAACAACAACAACAACAACAACAACAACAUAGUCGGCAGUAAUCCAUCAUCAUCAACAAAUACACCAUCCGAUAUAUCCUUCCUUACCGCGACGGGAAGGCCAACAUUCAUGAACAACUUGAUGCCACGCAAAUCAUUACCACCUUUCAGUCACCCAGUAGUCAGCAUCAAUAGCAACAACAGUAGUAGUAGUAGUAGUAGUAGUAUUAGUGGCGGUAGCAACAAUACGAACCAUUCCAACAACAAUAGUACAAACAUUCAUCAUAACAAUGGUGUGUCAGAUGACGGGGAGGACCGGGUGGACAUGUUGAUGGAGCAUCAAAUGAAACAGAGUGAACUGAUAGAGCAACAGCAGUUAGUCAUAGAGAGGCAACAUAAACAAAUGGUACACGAUCAGAAACAACAUCGCAUUAUACAAAAUCAGCUGUUAGAGAAACAAUUUCAAGAUCAUCAACAUAUUCAACAAUAUCAUCAACAACAACAACAACAUCAGCAGUUACAACAACAACAACAACAACAACAACAACAACAAUCACCACAGCAAUCACAACUUGGUAAAUCUAAAGAUAGGGAUAUGGACUUGGAGCCUAGUCCCGUACCAGCAAAGAGGAAGAAGAAUAGACAUUACACCAACCUUAGUGGUCGUGACAAGGAGCCAGCUGAUGGAACAUUGACGCGUUGUAUUAUAAGUGUAAAUGAGAAGGAGUUUGAUACUUAUGACAUUGACAGGGAUCUGAUGGAGAAUGAUAGAGAGGGACAGUUGGUGUCAGACGAUGACAAUCUGAUGUUCUAUCGCAAGGUGUUGGCCGUGCUGACUGGACUCAAGAGCAAGUCGAUCAUGAGCAAGGCGCAACGGGACAGAUUCGACAAAAGCCUCUACAUCCUGCUGGACAUUGACUAUGAACCACUGCUGGAUGAGAAAGGGUCAUUUCUGCGACACUCCAAACAGACAUCGAUCAACGACGAAACGCUGCCACAACAGCCCAUUGGAGAAUUCGCCAGGUUUCGUCUGGGCUACUGGAACUAUGACUUUUACCGUCUGCCUUUGUUCAGGGAGACCAUCAUCCAGAUUAUACAGGCCGCUCACAGAUUCCAGCUGCCCUCCAGCAAGACGACACAGCCACACAACACCCUGUUUGAAAUGAGCAAGAUCAUCGAGAAGAGUGGAUGGCACUGGAGCUUCUCCAAGGCAAGCAUUGCACAGAUAGAUUGUGAUUGUAUAAACUCGCCGAGCUCUGGUUACUCCAAGCCAAAAACUACGCCGUCAUCACCUCUACCUGCACCGGCAUCCUCGCCAUCAACAAGUUCAGCCGCACCCAAGGAGCCUUCGUCAGUGCGUGUCCCUAAUUCACCUUGGUCCAAUCUGGUGAUAAAGGGUCCAUCAUUGAUGGAGACGAUAUCACAACACAUGGAUCAACUACAUCCACAGCCACAAUCACAACAACAACAACAACAUCAACAACAACAACAACCCAUUAUUAUAACUCAGGAUUCUCAACAACAACAACCCAAGUUAAUCUAUGAUUCUAAACAACAACAGUUACAACAACAGAAGUUACAGCAACAACAGCAUCAACAACAGGAUCAUCAAAGCCCUGAAGAAUCACCUAUAACAUUGUAUCACAAGUCACCACACGCAACCUCCCAACAACCUCAGUCACGUAUCCAACCAAUCAUACAGGAGCUUCCCUCCAAUGGACAACCUGCCAGCCCAAUUGUACAUUCUCUACUCUUACCAAAUGGCCCCAAUCAUGGUGCCGACUCGAACGAUAGCUCAAAGAUUAGCACAACUCCACCCUCCCCUUACGCACUUCCAUCCAACUCCAUCUCAUUGAUUCGCAGGUUCAACGAAAUAUACCAGAGUCUGGAGGUGGAGAAGAACGCCAUCCAUGCCCACGUCAACAGCCGCUUUGCCAAGAUCAAACAAGAGUUCCAAGAGAUACAUGACUUCCUCAAUCAAUUCAUGGUGACCUCAAUGAAACAACAACAACAACAACAACAACAACAAAAUCAACAACAAAAUCAGCAACAACAGCAGCGACAACAGCCACAACAACAACAACAUAGAUCACACGAUUUGCACAUGGACGAGAGUUAA